AUGAAUCAAAUUUCCCAAAAUAUCCUUGUUCAAAAACUAGUUGACUAUAAGUUAAGGUAAAUAAGAUUGUAUGUUAAUUUACAGAAAGAACAAAAACAAGAGAAAGUCGAGUCCUUAGUUUUCACCUCCUAAGAUGCCAAUAUCUCAGAGAUAGACAUCAUUUCCAAAUGGUCAUGCAUAUUCAGUUCAUUAAAAAUUGAAAUCAAUUCAAAGUGAAGAGAAAGUAUUCAUUCCUCAGGCUAUACCACAGUCCCUGAUUUGCUUGAUCUAUUAAGCC